AUGUUUAAAAGAUCUAAAAGCAAAAUUGAACCUUUUAAAUCAUUUAAAAUACAACAUGAAAUUGAAUGUAUGGCAUUUUCACCAACUACUAAUUCAAUUAUAAUUGGAACUACAACUGGUAAAUUAUUAGUUUUUAACUCAAUUGAUUAUUCAAAACAAAAAGAAAUUCAAGUCUCUGGAUUUCCUACUGGAGCAUUAGCAAAACAAAGAAUUAUUGGAAUACUCAAAUCAAAAGAUAAAAUGGAAGAAGUUAAAGAAGUAAUGGAAAUGGGUAAUUCAACUGAAUUUCCAAUGGGAGAUGCAUUAAAAAAAUAUGACAUUGGAGUUGAUGAAAUUGCUUCUUCUGGUGGAAUUAAAUGUGUUAGUGUUGUACAUGAUUUAAAAGUUGCAGUUGGAUUUAAUUCUACUCUUGGACUAAUUGACUUAUCUACAUGUGGUGAAGUAGUAAUUAUUGAAGAAACAACAUUAGGUCAUUCAGGAAUGGUACGUCAUAUUGAUGUUUUUAAUAACAAAAUCAUUUCAUUAGCUAAUGAUCGUAAUAUUUGCAUUUGGGCUAGUGAUGGUAAACUUUUAAAAACACUCCCAAGAACAGAUGAAGAUGAAUAUUAUAAUACAUCAUUACUUACAACUCAAGGUGAUUUAUUAGUUUCUGGAAGUAGACAAUCAAAAUAUAUGAAUGAAAAAGGAGAUAUAACUCAAGUCUUUGAAGUAAGUGCAUACACUAUUCCAAAUGAUCCAACAAAUGCAAAAUUUAUUAAAUACUUUCAUCAUAAUAGAACAUCACCACAUCAUAAUGUUAUAGUUUCUAUUCAAUUAUUAGAAAAUGGAAAAAUUAUAACAGGAAGUCAAGAUGGUGUAUUUGCAAUUUGGGAAGAAACCGAAUAUCGUUGUUUAUUUAUCAAAAUUAAUUCAAGCCAAAUAGAAUAUACUAAACUAAAACAAAAUUGUCCUGUUCAUUGUGCUGUUUAUUGUGAUAAAUUAUUAAUUGUUUCUAUGAGAGAUUAUAUAGCAGCAUUUGACACAAGUUAUCGUGAAGUUACUCCUCAAAGAAAACCUAGUGAAGAAAAGUCAAUGAUGCCAUUUGGAAGAUAUAAACGAGAUAUUACUGAUAUCUUCUCAGUUAUGAAAAGUGAAAAAAAAUAUUGGCUUUAUCUUGUUGUGUCAGAAGCUGGAGAAAUUAACGUUGUUACUUUUGAUCCAAAUAAUAAACCUGCAUUUACUAAAACUCAAACUUUUACUUCAGAUGGAAAAAUUACUUCCUCUAUAAGAACUCAAAAAUCUUUAUUAAUGGGUUUUUCAAGAGGUACAGUAAUGGAAAUUAUGUUCUAA